AUGAAGAUCCUUUAUGAUCUAUACAGAAGUUCCUCAAUACACUCCCAUUUCGUUCGAGCGAAUACAGUGAUUCAUCCCGCUAUGGACGAUAGGCUCUGUGAUUGUGCUACUGAAGAAGCCAUGCCAGAACCCAAGGAUUUCAAUUGUACGCUGGACUAUGGGCACAGACAUGCAGAAUAUUCUCGAUUCUACCAUGCGUUGACAGCCCACUGGGUGCUGAUUGAAAAGAUCUGGCUUGCGAAGAUGACACACUACAAAAAGUCCUCCACCCGAAAUGAUCGCUAUAACCAGCUUUGGCAGCUAUGGGCGGAUAAUCCGGACAGGUCUCUUCGGGAGAAGCUGGAUUUGAUUGAAGUUGUCGAGUUUAUAUGGGGAUAUUUAGGGCGUAAUAUCUUCAAAGGGAGGUUCGCCCAGUUAUCAGACUGGGUUCCCCAAGCCGAUCUAGCACAAUUCACUGAAAAUGAUACUCCUGACUCUGCAUGGGCAUCUUUCAUCGCUCGGGUUACUCAGGAAUUGCGACCACCGCACAUCAUAGAGCUCCUUCUACUUUUGAAUUGGAACUCUGAGAUGGCAUGGAGAAUCGAUCGGCCAACUUACCUGCGCCAGUUAGGCUUUCUUGUGGAGCCUCAAAGUGUGGAAAAAUGGGAUGACACUGAUUGGCCAGACACACAAUUCUCGUUGAAUAUCUUGGAUGAAAAUAUUAUCAACAGCUUGGUUGAUAUGGUUGGCAGUGAGGAUUCUUAUGACUUAUGCAAGAAGCAAUGGUACAACUAUAAAGAAACGCAGUGGCAAGGCAAUAUGCAAGGGCGUAUACUCGCCUACGAGCUGACAUCACAGCAGCUUUUCGAACUUAUCAUGUUAGCUGGUAAUGGAUGA